AUGUCUUUUUUUCUUUCCUUCUUUCUUUAUAACGUUUCUUUUUUUCUUUCUUUCGUCCUUCAUUCUUCCUUUUUAACACUUCUUUCCUUCUUUCUUUCUUUCUUUCUUUUUCUUGUAACACUUUUCUCUUUUCAUUCUUUCGUUCAUUCUUUCUUUCUUUUUAUGACUUCAUUCUUUUUUCUUUCUUUAUCUUUUCAUGACUUCUUUCCUUUCUUUCCUUCUUUCUUUCUUUCUUUCUUUCUUUUACUUUCCAUAAUAUUUUCCUUUAUUUCCUUCUCUAUAUCUAUCUAUCUAUCUUUUCUCAGUCAAUUUUCUAUCUAUCUAUCUAUCUUUUCUCAGACAAUUUUCUAUCUAUCUAUCUAUCUAUCUAUCUUUUCUCAGACAAUUUUCUAUCUAUCUAUCUAUCUAUCUAUCUAUUUCUGUUUAUAUCUAUCUACCUAUUUAUCUCUCUGUUCAUAUCUAUCUAUCUAUCUAUCUAUCUAUCUAUCUAUCUAUCUAUCUAUGUCUUUUCCUCUCUAUCUAUCUGCCUAUCUCGGUUUAUAUCUAUCUAUCUAUCCCAAAUUGUUCAUUCUAUCUAUCUAUCUAUCUAUCUAUCUAUCUAUCUAUCUAUCUAUGUCUUUUCCUCUCUAUCUAUCUACCUAUCUCUGUUUAUAUCUAGCUACCUAUUUAUCUAUCUAUCUAUCUACCUAUCUAUGUCUUUUUGUAUCUAUCUAUCUAUCUAUCUUUGCCUUUUCCUAUCUACAUAUCUACCUAUCUCUGUUUAUAUCUCGCUACCUAUUUAUCUCUCUGCUCAUAUCUAUCUAUCUAUCUAUCUAUCUAUCUAUGUCUUAUCUCUCUAUCUAUCUACCUAUCUCUGUUUAUAUCCUAGCUACUGUUUUAUCUAUCUAUCUAUCUAUCUAUCUAUCUAUCUAUCUAUCUACCUACCUAUCUAUGUCUUUUUCUAUCUAUCUAUCUAUCUAUCUAUCUAUCUAUCUAUCUAUCUAUCUAUCUAUCUAUCUUUGCCUUUUCCUAUCUACAUAUCUACCUAUCUCUGUUUAUAUCUCGCUACCUAUUUAUCUCUCUGCUCAUAUCUAUCUAUCUAUCUAUCUAUUGUCGGUGAAAUUAUCUAUCUAUCUAUCUAUCUAUCUAUCUAUCUAG